UCUCUAAAAUGCGCAGGCUCCGGGGAAUUUGGCAUCACUUCUGGGCGGCUGCCCCGGGCGGCUGCGAGUGUUGCCAUAGCGACCAUUUUACGUUAACUGGUUUAUAGCUUUCAUCCAGGUGGCGGGGCGACUGCGGGGGCAACUCUUCCCUUUGCCCAUUCCCUCUAGGCUCCCUGCGGCCGGAAGGCCUUCGCAGGCUCCGGGAGUCUGGCCUAAGGCUCCGCCGCGCUCCGCGGGGGCGGGAUGGCUGCGGAAGAAGAGGACGAGGUAGAAUGGGUAGUGGAGAGCAUCGCCGGGUUCCUGCGAGGCCCGGACUGGUCCAUCCCCAUCUUGGACUUCGUGGAGCAGAAAUGUGAAGUUUUUGAUGAUGAAGAAGAAAGCAAAUUGACCUAUACAGCAAUUCAUCAGGAAUAUAAAGAACUAGUUGAAAAGUUGUUAGAAAGUUAUCUCAAAGAGAUUGGAAUUAACGAAGAUCAGUUUCAAGAAGCAUGCACUUCUCCUCUUGCAAAGACCCAUACAUCACAGGUUUUUGCUUUUGUGUUAUUCUGCUAACAUAGUUUUGACAAG